AUGGAUAUGAUUGGUUUCAUCAGCCUUACCACUGAGGAAAGGGAACUGCAUCGACAAUUGUCGCCUCUUCCCAUCCUCUAUUCUCACUGCUCAGCGUGUGCAGUUGGCAUGGGCCAUACCCAACUUCUUCCAGCCACCAGCGAUCAACGCACGUGUGCUCCCAAGAGCAAGUCGGGGCAGGACCGACAACACAUGGACUUUGCACUGUUGCUCCGGCAAAAACCUGCCGUAGGAAAACAGCGCAAAUUGACAAUGCGCCGGCCGCACUCCCCCGCGUUUACUGCUUCACGCUUCUCCGAACCCGCCUUCUCAUCUAGACAAGUGACUCUGGCCUGUUGCCAACUUGCCAAGGGGGGAACGGCCCAUCACCACUUGGCAACGACAGGGGAUUAA